UGGAGAGAUUGGUGGCGGAGUGGUGCGUUGCUAAUUACCCACGAUAGUACGAUUGUACCCUGUCUACCUGAGUAGGAGGUGCGAUCUCCACAUGGAUUGUAGUGCAUCGAGUAUAUAGGUAACCAUUGCGGUUCUUGACGAUUCACUCUACGCUUUCAUUCCACAGUCGUUCUUUUUUCUUCUCCCCUCUCGUUCACCGUUUCUCGUUUUCGCCCUGCUGUGCAGGCCCACAUUCAUUCCUUCAUCAAUUCAUCUAUCUAUUCACCAUGCAUAUCUCUCAGCUUCUCCUCGCCGCCACGGCCCUCGUGCCCGCGGCCUUCGCCCAGCUUUCAGGCACAGUUGGGCCCCUGACUACCCACGCGGUCAAGACGGCAAAGAAGACAUGCAACGUGCUAGACUACGGUGCCAAGGCAGACAAGUCGACGGAUAUCGGUCCCCCGCUGCUCAAGGCAUUUACGGCGUGCAAGACGGGCGGCACCGUGGUGGUGCCCACGGGCGACUACGCCAUGGCGACGUGGGUGACAUUUGAGAGCGGCAAGGCGUGGGCGUUGCAGCUUGAUGGCACGAUUUACCGCACCGGGUCUGACUCGGGCAAUAUGCUGUUUAUCCGGAAUGCGAACGAUUUCGAGCUGUUUAGCAGCACGGGCAAGGGCGCUGUGCAGGGCAAUGGUUACCAGGACCAUGUCAAUGGCAAGAGAACCGGUGCGCGUCUGUUGCGCGUGGAGCAGAGUACCAACUUCUCCGUCCACGAUAUCGUGCUCGUUGAUGCGCCCAUGUUCCACUUCGUCAUCGCAAAGGGCACAAACGGCGAGGCAUACAACAUGGUCAUCCGCGGCGGUGACUGGGGCGGUCUCGACGGCGUCGACGUCUCGGGCACAAACAUCUGGAUCCACGACAUCGCAGUAACCAACAAAGAUGAAUGCGUAACCGUAAAGUCCCCCUCCACUAACCUGCUCAUCGAGAACAUCCACUGCAACAUCAGCGGCGGCUGCGGCAUGGGCUCCCUCCCCGUCGACACCGCCAUCUCCACCGUCACCUACCGCAACAUCUACACAUGGAAGUCGAACCAAAUGAUGAUGAUCAAGAGCAACGGCGGCAGCGGCUACGUCGAAGACGUCGUGUUUGAGAACUUCUCCGGCCACGGCAACGCCUACUCCAUCGACAUCGACCAGUACUGGACCAGCAUGUCGGCCCUGUCAGGCUCGGGCGUCGCGCUGAGCAACCUGACGUUCAACGGGUGGACGGGCACCAUGGCCAACGGCGCGGAGCGCGGUCCCGUCAAGGUUGUUUGCGCUGAUGGCGCGCCGUGCACCGAUGUCACGCUGUCGAAUAUCAAUAUGUGGACUGAGACGGGGAGCAAGAUGGUUUCGCAGUGCAGGUCUGGGUAUGGAAAGGGGUUCUGCCUUAAGAGCUCUGGGACUACGUCGUAUGCUGCGACGACUAUUACUCAGACUGCUAUCCCGACUGGGUACUCGGCCGCUAGUAUGAAGGAGAACCUUGUUACUGCGUGGGGAACCGCGAGCAGUAUCCCGAUUCCGACGCUGCAGGCUAGUUACUACCCCGGCAAGGCGCCGGUUAGCAAAUUGGCUGCGUAGAGGUGUUCUGAGUGAGUGGAAGGAGGGAAUGUGGUGUGGUGUCUGUCGUUGAAGAUCAGGGGGAGUUAUAUGUUCUUGGAGAAGACUUGAUUUGCAGAAUAAGUGUUUUAUUACUUUAUCCUCCCCGACAUAAUGU